UCGAUAAAUGUGCUAAUCAGUGUGUGUAACUGGUUUUUGGUAUUAAUUAACAGGUUUUCAAUGUGCUGAGUUAUCUAAUAUGUUGCUGAGCAACAUUUUCUCUUUAACUAGAAAAUCGCAGGGAAUAUUAGCACAUUUCACAUGUUAUGCUAAUCUAUUUAUAGAUUAUACAUGUAUACUAUAAGACAUUUUGACUUCAGUAUAAAAUGAUCAGCCAUCCUAACUACAAUACGAGUUUAUCGGUUGUGAUUUAAAACACAGGACUAUGCUAGAGGUUAAAGAAUGACUAUGAAGACCACAGGGAAACGAAAUACUGUCGUUAUUGAUCCAGGUAGUGACACACUUAAAGCUGGAUUUGCAGGGGAUGACUCCCCAACACUUGUAUGCCGUGACCUCAUUUUUAAGGCUGAAGGUACACAUAGCAGUUUAAAUGAGCGAGCGAUAAAAUCAGUCGAUAUUGAACUACCAGGUCAUGAACAGUGUCAUUUGACAGAAGUUCAUCCAGUAGCUAAUGGUAUUGUUGUAGACUGGGACGUUAUGCAAGAUAUAUAUGACAAAACAAUGACAAAAUUAGAGGUAAACUCCGAAGAACAAAAUGUGUUUAUCGCAGAACCUCCUUUGAAUCCAAAUUACAUGAGAGAAAAGUUGGCGGAGAUUAUGUUCGAAUACUUAGAUGUACAAGCACUCUACCUCCAAGAUACGUCCGUUUUAUCUUUGCUGAGCUCCGGACUGACUACCGGAACGGUUGUAGAGUCGGGGGAUUCCACGACUUACACAAGCGUUGUGUACGAAGGUCGUCUCAUAAGAGAAACUAUACCAAAGACAUUCUAUGCAGGGAGAUCACUGACUUAUCAUCUUUCCAAAAUGAUAUCAGAUAUUAAGGACAAAACUUUCACGGUUGAUCCCUUGCCUUACUCAAAAGCAAUAAAAGAAAAGUUAGUGUUCGUGUCAGAGGAUUAUGACGCUGAUCUAAAGCUCGCCAAAUCUACCGAUUUCUAUGAACGAAUCUACACACUCCCAGACGGCGAAACUAUCAAGCUAAAUGAAGAGAGACUAAUGUGUGGUGAAGGUUUGUUCAAACCGGAUAUGUUUAACUGUAAUUGUCCCGGUCUUCAUCUGCAAGUACAAAGAACUUUGAAUCUAGCUGAAGCAGAUAUACGAAACUCUGCCUGUAAGAAUAUAGUUUUAUCUGGAGGCAACACGAUGUUCUCAGGGAUCACAAUGAGACUGCAAAUUGAGAUGAACAAAAUAUUUCCGUCCGGUCUUCAUGUUAAGGUAAAAGAAAUUCCUCGUGCCGAAAGACAUUAUGCAGCAUGGAGUGGCGGCUCAAUCAUGGCCUCUCUGAGCAGUAUGGAUUCGAAAUGGGUGACAAGACUUGAUUAUAAUGAUCAUGGACCGGCUGUGAUCAAUAAAAUGUGUAAAAGUUAGGAUUUGACAUUAAAGCUACCCGCCCACAGUUUGGUUGAAAUUUUUCAACAUGUUCAUUCCCUCAAAGUUUGGCAUAAAAUGUAUAUAUAACAUUGAAGAAUGAUAAAGAGGAUGAAAAGUUGAAAAGAUAUUGGUAAAAGUUCAAGAACAAUGUAAGUUUUCUGCAAAAAUUCAAACGCGAUGCAACGGUUUACUACCUUCUGCGCAAUAUAUUUGGUUAUUUUAUUUGCCAAAAUCUUGUGUCAAUAAGUUUGUACCAUUUAUCACUUUUAGAGUACUCACUUGUAAUGGAUUUUUAUUUAUAAAUUAUUUUUCGUCUUAAAUAUGUGGGUUAGUCCACUUAACGAAUAACUGUUAUCAAAAAAUAGGAAGGUAUAUCAUUUGUGUUUGUGUACGGGUAUGGCACGCCGAUUGUCCAAUAAUUACAUAAACCGAGGUUCACGGUCAAAAAACUAAGAUUAACGAUCGAUAAACCAGAUUUUCUAACGUAAAACCAGGCUUUUCGAAUACUAAACUAUAUUUUCGAGCGAAAACAUAAGAUAACGCCGCAAACCAUAGUUUACGCUCGUGAAAGUAGGUUCACGCUUGUAAACCCAAGUUCACGGUCGUGAACCCAGGUUCACGCCCGUAAACAUAGGUUCUUGCUCAAUCGAAAAACCUAGUUUAUCGAACGUAAACAUGGGUUCAAGAGCGUAAACUAAGGUUUACGCCCGUUUUCCUAUGUUUUCGCUUGAAAACAUAGGUAAGUAUUUGAUAAUCCAAGUUUUUCGGCCAAGAAUGUAAUUAUUGGAUAAUUUGCUUGCCGUGAACCAUAGUUUACGGACGUGAACCUAUGUUUACGAGCGGGAAUCUAUGUUUACAACCGUGAACUUGGGUUUACAAGCUUGAACCACAGAUUACAAACGUGAACCUAGGAUUACGCUCGAUAAACUAGGUUUCUCGAACAAAACUAUGAUUUUCGGUCGUUAUCCUAUGUAAACCCAUGUUCACGGUCGUAAACCCAAGUUCACGGUCGUUAAUAUAGGUUCACGUUCGUAAACUAUUGUUUACGUUCGUGAACCCGGGUUUACGCCCAUAAAUAUUGUUUCACGCUCGUGAACUUAGGAUAGCGACCGAAAUUCAUAGUUCAGUUGUGAAACCUAGUUUAUUGAACGUAAACCUGGGUUCACGAGCGUAAACUAUGGUUUACGCCCGUUAUCUUACGUCUUCGUCCGAAAACAUAGGUUAAUGUGAAAUCAUUUAAAUUCGCUUGCAUGAAAUUUCCCGCAAACGUAAAAAGGACUGUUUUGCGCGGGCUUUAAUUCGCGCAUUUUCAAUUUAUAAAUGAAAAAAUAAAUUAAAAAAUAAUAAUAGCGCAGUCUUAAAUUCGCGCAUCGGUUCUAGCGCGAAAUACGCGAAAAUUCGUCCUACGCGAAUAAAAAUGAUUUCACAGUAGUAUUCGAAAAACCUGGUUUUACGUUCGAAAAACCUAGUUUAUCGACCGUUCAUCCUAGUUUUUCGACCGUGAACCUGAGUUUACGUAAUUAUUUGGCGUGCCAUAUACGGGUAUGUAUAGGAAUACAUGUUUUACUUGCCGCGUUUUAUUAAACAUUUACCAAAAGCAGUUCUGAAAUGUAUCUUAAUGCGUGUGUAUUUUAAAACUGUUUUAUUAUUUAUAGCGGACGCUUAUUAUUGUGUACAGUGAUUAUCGACAGAUACUCACCCGCACACAUUGAUAUCAACUCAACCUUUUACAAUAUUUUAUAUUUUAUCUACGCAAAUUAAAUAAACGAAAGAGAUAGCAAAGAGAAGAGUGUUAAAUGUUUAUAGAUGCUGUUUAUUGUCAUGAAUAGGCUAAACUAGGCCAACCAGGUCUUUUGUACAGCUGAUUGGACAUUCUUAUGGACAACUGUAUACGAAGGAAGAUGGAAUGGUUUGAUCUCUUGGCGGGGCUAAGUGCAAAUCAGUUAUACAUUAGCAAUGCCAAACAUAAUUCUUACACAAUUGUUUUACUUUUUAUAUCGCUUUUUAGUAUUUUCAAUGAAAUCAUUUGACACGGUGUUAAUGUAAAACGGCACAGGUUACUUUUUGACCAUUUUGCAAAGGCAUAAUUUCAGAAUACUCGGCUAAAGCACAAUUAUAUGAACAGUUUACUUAACAUGCAAUACGUCGUAAUAUAUAGACAGCUGCGCUUGCUGCAUUUAAAUUUUCUUGUUCUGGGAAAAUUUUUAUUUAUAGCUUUUAAGCAUAAUGCAGAAUUUCAACUUGAUAGUAGUAUAUUCCUGUUUUGACUUGACAGUCCUUUUUCAGUUUGUCUCUCACACGGAUCUAAACAUAUAUAAUACACGACAAUCCUGUACGUUAAAAGGUAUUUUUAAACAUUCCCGGUUAGAAAUUCAAACUUUUUCUGUUUGAUCUUCCUACUUUUUGACAGAAAUGAUUAGUCAGCUUAUGUUAUACGGUAGCAUAAUUAUUAUUAUGCCCCCCUUCGAAGAAGGAGAGGUAUAUUGUUUUACAUUUGUCGGUCGGUCGACCAUUCAGUUUCCGGAUGAUGACUCAAGAACGCUUGGGCCUAGGAUCAUGAAAGUUGAUAGGGAGGUUGCUCAUGACCAGCAGAUGACCCCCUAACGAUUUGAAAUAAAUCAGUAGGUCAAUGGUCAAGGUCACACAGACCCGGAACAGUUAAACGGUUUCCGGAUGAUAACUCAAGAACGCUUAGGCCUAGGAUCAAGAAAAUUAGUAGGGAGGUUGGUCAUGACCAGCAGAUGACCCUAUUGAUUUGAGACCAGUAGGUCAAAGGUCAAGGUCAAUGUGAUCUGGAACAUUUAAACCGUUUCCGGACGAUAACUUGAGAACGCUUGGGUCUAGUGUGGUGAGAUGCCUCUAUCAGAAUGUUUGAUAUGAUUUAGUUACUGCAUACCUUAUAAUUCGUACCUAAAAUAGUUUAACCCAAUCAUAUUCGCACCCACCGAUGAACCGUUAUAAUUCAAUAUUUUAGAUAAUAGACUAAACGAAAUUAGCACUUAUCUUUCAUGAAUUCCUAGAAAAGAAAGUUCUAUCUACUUACACGUCAAUUACGAUAGUUUUAGGUUCUAAUUACGGAAAAUACACAAAUUAAAGACAAAUUACGCACUUCGAUGAUCAUUGUACUAAAGAGAUUGAUUUCGUCAUGAUCAUUGAGCGCUCAUUAAUUACAGUUGGAUGAAGCUUAUAAAUACGAGGCCAGCGCCACGAAGAGAUGAGAAUCUGCCUGGCUACCGAGGAGUCAACAACGUCAAAGUAAAUAUAUUAAAGAAUCUGCCCAGCUGCCUAGAGAUAACAAAUAGGAAAAUAUUACCAAAUACUAUUAAGUUCUUGACCUCCUAUCACAGUCUGAGUCCUUACUCAAAACAUUGCAAAAGGGCCAUGACGAUAGGAACUUGAUAUCUGGUUGUAUUUUGAUAAAUCUUAUGUAUGGUAUUCACCUCGGGCAUUGUUUGUUGUGAAUCACCAUACAACAAGACCCCAUCCACUAAUUUUGAGUGCUCGUCAUCAGUUAAAUUGAGAUAGGUGGAUUAGCAAUAAUUAUUUUAUAUUUUUAAAAUAAUUUAUUUCAAUCAGUCGGCAAGGAAGCCCAUAGGAAAACUUAUACUAUAUUUUAUAUAUUCUGAGCUAGACCGUGCACGCUGCACUAGGAUCACGAAACUUGACAGGGAGGUCGAUCUUGACCAGCAGAUGACCCCUAUUGAUUUUUAGGUCAGUAGGUCAAAGGUCAAGGUCACAGUGACCGUUAGGGCCUAGGAUCACGAAACUUAAUAGGGAGGUUGAUCAUGACUAUUGAUUUUGAGGUCAGUAGGUCAAAGGUCAAGGUCACAUUGACACAGGACAUUAGAAUUUGUUUCGCCAAAUAAUUAACAGAAUGCUUGGUCUAAGAUCACGUACAUUUGAUACGGAGGUCACUUAUGACUGGUAAAUGACCCAUAAUUAUUGAUUCGAGGUCAGUACAUCAAACGUCCAGUGCACAGUGACCAAAUAAUUUCUGUUCCUUGUGCACGGUUAUUGAAUGCAUCAAGUGGGGCAUUUCGUGUUCUACGAGCUCUUUUUAUGAUUGAACAUAAACGAUAGUAAUGUAUGUUUUGUGAGUUUCAAAAGAGUUUCUUCUCAGGAGCUCGAGACUCGCAUCCUGCAAUGUUAUGAAUAUUAAAAUCUUAAAACUAAGUUCGCUUUGCUUCCAUAAAAAUGUCAACAGUUGAUCCAUUUAUAAGAAAAAGGUUUAGAAUAAUUUGAAACUUUGAAUUUUGAAGUCUGUAGCUUAAAUGUAAGGCAUAUGUAUCAUCAACUUUUGCUCUAUUUCUUUUUAAUAUAAAUUGUUUAUUCCUCACAGUCCCUGUCCCAUAAAUUCACUUAAGACGGCGAAUGAAUAAAAAUGACUAUACUGGGAGCAUAUGAUUACAAGAUAAGGUCACUUAAGGGAAUAGAAUUCUGAACUAUCACUGAUUUUUUACAAGGAUUAUUACAGUUCAUGUUGAUCCCCUAUACCCAAAAGUUGUACUGCGUUUUUAGGGCGGAUGCUCAAAAAGCGGUUGUGCCGUUUGGGUGUCGUAUGGAAUUUAAAAUGUGUUCAGGGAACAGUGUUGGAAGACUGGUAACUUCUGUAUAUCCAAACCUCUUCCCCGCACACCCAAAUAAGUCAUAUUUUUUGUACUUUCAGUUUCUUGUGUUUUCUUGUUAUUGUCUCCUAGUAUCCCGACAUCUGCCCUGCCGUACUUCUCCAAUUAAUCAAUACCAUCCCACUCUGAUGUUAGCUCCCCCGCCAUUUGUUUAAUUCUUCUUUGAUAAGUUUUCUUCGUAUUAUGUCUCCACACCCACCCACCCAUUCGCCCACAUUUAUUCCUAACACAACCACCACCACUCCCCACAAAUAUGUUUUUCGCUUUAGUAUCCUGCGUUUCUUUAUAGUGCCUGUUAAACUUCCGUGAUCCCCAUUCCACACGUUGUCAGCGUCUCACAUCCUUCCCCGCUAAAAAUGUUUACGCUGCUUCCAGUUUCUUUUGUUUCUUGUUAUUAUCUCUAAAGUAUCCAGUCAUCCCUCCUACCACGCCCAACCACAUUAAACCGCCCAACAUCUAUCCAACCCCAGAAAAUAUUUUAGCUAACUUAAGCGCGAAGUGCUCAUGGCGAGCUUUAAGAGCCGUUAGAUGUCCCUCUUUGUCCGUUCGUCGUCCAAAAUAAAUAGAAACGCUGGCCUUAUUUUGAAAAACUUUAACAGAAAUGUUCAUUGAGUGACCGUAUACUAAACUUCUUCAAAUCAUUCUAUUUUAUUAAUUUUCCAUACACUUAGAAAAUCCUCUCCCCUGAAACUGCUGAUCCAGUUCUAAAUAAUUUCACAGCAAUGUUCCUUGGGUGACCCUCUACUCCUCAUAUCAUUCUGUUUCUUUCAACAACCUGGCCUCCAGGGGACGGGUCUAAUUUACCCUGUAUGCCUCUCGUCUCAAACUGCUGGCCCGAUUUCAAAAUACUGUGAAAGGCAUAUUCCUUUUGUGGCAGUUUAACAAAUUCAUUCAAGCCAUGUUUAUAUCUUAGAAAACAUUGCUGCCUGGGAACGGGACUAGUUACAGCGGGUAUGUAAGCCUUGUUCAAUUUUUGAUGAUUGGGUGAACAUUUUAUUCCCUUUAGUGACCUAUAUCGUUUUGUAUUUAGAAGGAAUAUCACCAGUUUUGUAUUAUCUGUUUAGGAAUUAAAAAAGAUUUUUUUCCCAGAAAUGUAUAGGUUUACAUUCUGUACUAAUAUAGUAACAAACCUUAGAAGAUUUUAGCGACUAAGAUUCCAUCAACUGUUAUACUACCACCUUAAGACACCUAAACUUACAUAUGACGACUUUUGAGUGUGCCAUAUUGUCGUGGUUAAUUCCUGUUUUAAUUGUUUUUGUACCAUAUGCAUUUGUUGAACACUGACAUAUGGACCUUCUCUCGAAAGUGCUCAAAAACAUUACCGUUAUACACUCGUUUUGAAAAUAAAAACGGAUGUAGUAUGUGAUGACGCGUGUGCCUGGAGCGUUUAAUUCUUCAUGUGAGGAAGCCAUCCAGCUGGCUUACGGAAGGUCGAGGGUUCUACCCAGCUUCCCGCUCGUGAUGAAAUAAUGCAAGGAGGGGCACCUGGGGAUUUUCCUCCGCCAUCAAAGCUGGAAAGUCGCCAUAUGACAUAUAAUUGUGUCGGUACGGCGUUAAACCCAACAAAAUAAAUAAAUGUACGUCUGUCUGUCCGUUAAAAUUAGUAGCUAGCGCAUAAAACGUAAAAAAAUAUUUGGACUUCAAACUUGGCAUAAAAGUAGGUGCCGGUGAGACGAUGUCCAAAGAGCAAGAAGGUAAAAAACUAAAGGUUACAUAUUGAAUCUGACAUCGUAUUUCGUGUUUAAACAAUAAGUUAAAAACCGAGGUAUUCAUCCUAGCAGAUCGGUAGGUAGUGAUCAAAAUUAAGGAUAAGCAGUGCGUUGCGCUAGAUUGUAAGGUCAAAGGUUAAGGUCACAAAUUGAGCUCAAAUUUCAAAUAUUUCCGUCACAUUUUGUGUCCAGAGCACAAUUUGAAAACUAUUCAACGUAUUGAAUUUGAAAUUGCAGUAAAGGUAGAUGGUGAUUACACGAAGUGCAGGUCGCAAAACCGGGUCAGUAAGUUAAAGGUUACGGUCCCACAUUUAGCUCAAAGAUUAAAUCUUGGGUAUUAUUUUGUGUCCGGAUGAUAGGUCAGGAUAUUGACUUCAUACUUGGCAUGUAGAUUGGUUGCAACGGGGCGAUGUGUAGCGCGCAUGAAGCAGGCAGGCAGGCGAAAGGUUAAGGUCACAAACUGAGCUCAAAGGUCAAAAGUAUCAUACUUCGUGAAGCAUAACUUCAAAAACAAUCUACUUCCCCAGCCCCUAUUAACCCCACGACUCCGCAGUUACCCUCCGAAAAAACGGUUUCUGUCGUCUAGUUGUGCAUAUCGCUGUCACGUUCCGCUUCGCUUCACAAAAUGGCCACCAUCGCUAAAGAUAGAAAAAUCUUGUCUGGCUUUCACAGGUCAAACUGCUGGACAGAUUUCGACGAAACUUCACAGGAGUGAUCAGUACCAAGCCUAGUUGUGCAUAUCGCCGACAUGUUCCGCUUCGCUGCGCAAAAUGACCGCCAGAACUAAAUGUAUACAAAGGGGGGAGACAUAUGUUUUUGUGACAAAACACCUUCAAGUUUUAUGAGUGAUAUUAAUUCCAACUAUUUUAUGCUUAACUGAUUUGUCAAUGAAUUCUAAGCUUGCUUGGAUUUCAUAUAGCUAUGUCUUCGUGGUGGUGCUUAACCUCCUUAGGUGUUUAACUUCGGGCGUAUAUUUCCCCGCUUUUUAGAAGCUCUUUAGAAUUAAAAUCAUUCCGCUGGAGUUGACUUUAUAGAUUUUGUUGCUAAUAAAUUUAAUGUUUUCAA